AUGCUGGGGGUGGCACCACUUGCAUUGAGCAUCCCUCGUCCCGCCUUGGCUCUCAUCCCUGAUGACGACGAUGAGGAGCUUGUUGCCAAGGCCAAGGCCAGCCGGGCCGAGCGACUGGCUAGGGAUAAACGCCAGAUCGGGCAGUUUGUAGCCACGGCCGAUCCCGUUGCCGCUCCAGCCCAGAGCGCCAUCAAUGCCCUGGCAGAAGUGGGUGAGCAGCUGGAGGCCGGUCGCCUGGAGGGCCUGGGGGAUCUGCUGGGAGACUCUCUGCUCUCCGGCGUGAAUGGCGCGACCAGCGUGACUGACAGCCUCGAUAGACUUAGGUCCACGGCCGCCUCUGGAUCCCUGAGGGAGACCAAGAUGCAGUACAUCGAAGCCGUGGAGAAGUUGGAGAGCUGGGCGAGGGACUCUGGAUCCGUCAAGACCCUGAAGGGAUUUUGA